AUGGGGCUUAAGCCUCUAGAAUUCGAGGAUUGCAUUUUGGAUAGUCCGUAUUUUCGCGAGAACAUUCAUGAACAUGAACGAGAACUCGAGCGAACGAACGAGGCCAUCAAAGGCCUUAUCAAAGAAUGCAAGACUUUAUUGAAGGCCUUUGAAAGUAAGUGCUCUUGUUCUAUUCCAAUUUACUUUGUGUAUUACAUUUUUGAUGACGCUUAAAAAUUCGCGGAGGUCUUUGAAGUGAAUGCCUCACAAGAAAGCUGGACAGCAGCAGACCUGAUAACCCCGUGGCAACUUGACUUCCUGCAAAAGUCCGAAAUAUAGUGAACUUUAACGAAAAAAUAUGCCACAGAUCUUCGGCGUUGCAUUUGAUUAUGUGAUCGUCAAUUUUUUGUUUUUUUGUAGUAUCUGUUUUCGUUUUAAAGCGCAGCGAUUUCAAGAAUUAAAAUAAGCUUGAUGUUCCUGUCAAAUGAGGUCGUCAAUUUCAUGACCCCUUGUAGGAUUAAUUUCCUGGGCUGCAAUUGAUGCACACAAAAUGUUGUUUCGAAGAAAUUUCGCCUUACCGAGAUCGAGCUAUUUUUUCUUUUUCUUUUAUUGAAAAUUUUAUAUAGUUUGUUACAUUAUAUUCAAUUUUAAUUUUCGGCCACUGUACAUCUUAUAAGACUUGUGUCUGAAUGUGAUGAUUGAGCAAAAUGGAUAUAAGCGUACGUUUAUUUGAAACCAUUUUUUUUUUAAUGAAUACUUAUCUUUUUACUUCGGGGAGUUCUGUAUUUGUGUCUUAUAUAAAUAAAGCUUUGGACAUUAGAGUUCUUUAUAGGGCCUGGUAGUAAAAAAUUAUUUCAAAUCUAUCUCAUUAACAAUAAAAACAUUUACCCGAAGAAGUUCCAAAGGAAGUUGAAACCCCGUCCGAUCAUCAUACCACUGUAUGGGCAUUCCCUUGUAGAUGUUUAGAAGCUAUUUUUCAAAUUUGUUUUUGUAAUAUUAUUGUUUACAAAAUCGGCUCAUGUAAGCGGAAAUUUUAAAAAGAAUCCCAGAUUUCACGAUUUUGACUUUUUUUGUAACAGUCAAGAAAGAAUAUUUGUGAGAUGAUCGUUGUUUCAUGUUUACUAGAUUCUUUAAAUUUUACUCCUUUAGAUAGAUUUGUUAUUAAUUUUUUGUCCUUUUUUCCAUCAAUUAAGUAAUCAGCAAGAAUGUUUUUGUUAUUUUGAAUUAAAGGGGCAGGCUUAGGUACCGUGUAUCUUGGAAAAACACAAAUCAGCCACAAAUUGUUAAGGCCAUAUCCUUGAUUUAAUGCAAGCAUUGCAAAUAUUUUGUUAACAUUUAGUUAUCUUAUUUGCUUACAUAAAAUUUAGGGAUCCUAUGUAUACAUUGUAAUAUUACAUUGUACAUUUGGUAAGCAAAUGACAAGAAAUUCUUCUUUGUUCUUUUUCUUGUACAUUAUUUCAUUUUUAUUCAUUUGUUCACUUUAAUAAGUGAAAUGCAUUAUUAGCAUUUUGCUAGUAGGACAAAAAUAUGAAAAAGAAAAUAACACCAAAGUAAAAUAACAAAAUAGCAACAACAGAUCAGCUGUAAAAUACAGUAAGUAUACAAGGGCACUUUUUCAUGUGAAGAGUGAUUUUGUAGUCACCUUGUGGGAUUUGCAGUAGCCAUAAUUGCCUUUUAUUUCGAAGUCUUUUAGGAGCGAAGCCACAUUAAAAUCAUCACCAGAAAUCAGAAGGCAAAACAUUGCUGAUUACAAGUUUAUAGCAAGUAGUACAAAUAGAACAGGAUUCAUUUUAUGUAACCAAGUCCUUUGAAUUCAAGUUAGAAAAAUAUGUGGAUUUCAACAGUCACACUAAAUAUUAAAGUACUUUUUUGGUCCUUGUAAAUCCGGAUGGUGGGUAGCUAGUGUGCUAUAUUGUGUUUAUUGUAUUGUGUUUUUAAUCUGCUGUAUUUUGUUAUUUUGUUGAUUGUUGUCUGUAACGUCAAAAUAUGUUGCAACUUUGAUAAGCACAUAAACUGUCUGAAUAAUAUUAUUGCUUCCUCACACUGUCUAUAACCUAAUUUGAUUGCUUACAUAGAAGUCCUCCUAGACUUUUUCCUGUGCACUCUCAAACAAAUAUACCUUAAAUUUGCAUAGGGGCCUUGAUCAGCUGAUUUGGGAGAAAAAUCUCCACUUCUUCAAUAUGAAAUAACAUGCAUUACUCCAUACUCCUUUGGUAAUAUCAGAGCACUGUGCUCUUGUAUGUAAAGGCUUUAUUUGUUUGUGCAGUACAAGUUUAGAGCUGUGAUGUUACUGGUUAUACUUUUAUAUUACCUGUUUGACUUCUUACUGUCAUUAUAUUAUAUGGUUUUUUGCUCUUUAGAGCCUAGCAAUAUGGUUAGAAUUGCUUGGUACAAAGUUAACUGUUUUUGAUAUAGUAAUAUAAAAUGGAUAGAGCUUAGGGGAUAUUGGCACUGAAUUUGAAAAUAACAGACAAUAUUCAUUUGUAGAUUUUGAAACUCAACACCAGGUUGUGAAGAGCUUUAAAAUUUUUAUACCGUUGUUACGAGUAGCAACAUUUGGUGGAUUGUCGCAGUCUACUUUUAGUAACAGAAUCUACAUAAAAAUGACUAGAAAAAUUGCAAAUUAAUAUUAUUAAUGCACUGAAAUGAAACGAAAUAUACUAAUUUUAAGGUUUUCAUACUGUCUAUUUUGCAAAACAUAAAAUUUUAUUUUAACUUGAAUUAAGUCUUCAAACUAACAAUAUUAGAAGUUUCUUGGAUCAACAAGAGUAACAAAUUAUUAAUUUUGUACUCCUUUGUUUUCUUCAUGUAUAUAUUUUUUGUUUUAAUAAAAUGUUAUUUCAGUCAUCAAUUAUAAUUUAAAAUAUGACUUUUGCCAUUUUAUUAGUCUGUUAUUCUAUUAGUUUAUGAUAAAUUAUUUAUAGGUUGUACAGCUGUUGAAAAAAAUUACAAAUUAUAAGUGCUUUUAAUAUGUCAAAGGACAUGUACAUGUACUUGCUUUACAAAUUAUUAUUUGAAACCUAAAACGUAUAUGUAUGUUUAAAAAUGACCUUAAAAGUUGUAGAUAAGUGACAAAAAAAUACAGUCAGUUAAAUAUUGAUUGGUGGUACAUUUUUAUGUGCAAAAAUAUCUUUUAUACUACAUAUUAAUAUUAUUAAAUGCUACACUACGUAAGUUUUUGUACAUGAUUGUAGUCAUGUACUGUUUUGAAAUAGUCUCUUAGCAGUUUAUUGUAGGAUUAAAACAAGUUUUCCAUGUUAUGGAAAGUGGACCCCACCUAUACUUCACUCCUAGAGGUGAUGAAUAGCAAAACAAACAACAUUAAUUUCCAAGAUAACAUUAAAACUGUCAUACCAUGGACCACAUAUUGCCUGCCAGUCUAGUAUUGUACCAAAAUAUCUAAGGUCAUUAGUAUAAGCUGUCAAAGGUUACUGUCUACUAACACCUGCAUUGCUAGAUGGAGGCUGGGUAGAGUUUCCAGGGGCUUCCACUUUUGGCAGCCAGCCCCUAGACUGAAUAUUGCCCACAUGGCUAGCCCAACGGUGCAACCCAGCCAUUAGUCCCCACAAAAAAAGGAUACAAAACAAAACAGGCACCCGUCACACUGGGAAAAUAUCAGUAAGGAACAACUGGGAGGGGAGGGGAGGGGAGGGGAGAGGAAGAAAAAGUGGAAAAAAGAAACCUUGUGGUAGGAGAAAAUGCAGCACAAAAGAAAAACUCCACAUGCCACUGAAUCACAUGAAAGAUGUAGCAAACUACUGGGCAUGCACAUGCUGAUAACUACAGAUCACUACUUCUUGGCCAAAAGUUACAAGUGUUUACACUAUACCUGUGUAUCUUUUCUAGAUUUAUCAAAGGCACAGAGGAGUUUCGCCCAAGUACUUAAUGACCUUAGAUUUGAGUACAUUGGUGAGGUUGAAACAGAUGAUGAGAUGCUGAUU